AUGUUGUGCAGGACCUGCUCUGUUGCUGUUGUGUUGCUGUGUUUGGGCUUGGUGGGCGGCGGGCCCCAGACCAACCUGCACCCCGACAUGGCCGACCAGGACCUGUUCUGGGGAGCCGACCAGUACGACUUCUCCAUCGUGCUUCCUGCUGCGGGGAUGGAGUGUUUCUGGCACUUCGCUCACCGAGGAGAGAGAUUCUACCUCACCUUCAUGGUGCAGUGGGUGACGGGAGUCGGCCAUGACAGACACUUGUCCGUCACCGUCAACGCUCCCAGCGGCCUGUUGGUGUCGACUGUUGAUGAUGCAACGGGCCAGAUCAACUUUGAAGCAGAGGAAACAGGUUUCUACCAGAUGUGCUUCAACAACUUCCACAACCGCUUUGGCACCAUGCAGGUCUUCCUCAGCUUCGGCGUUUAUUACGACGGCUCCCAGGACACCACCCAGAGCAAGGAGGAAGAGAAGAAGAAGAAAGAGGAAGUCAGGAAGGACCUGAACAACACGCUGACCACCAUCGAGGAAACGUCCUUCCGCGUGGAGAACCACAUCUUCCACAUGUUCCGCCACUACACCUUCAGCCGCAUGCGGAAGAGCGCCGACUACUUCCUGCUGCAGUCCAACGCGCGGUACGUCACCUGGUGGUCGACGGCGCAAAGCCUCGUCAUCGUCACCGCUGGAUACCUGCAGCUCCUCUUCCUCAAGAGACUCUUCAUCACCAAGAGCGGCAGCGGUGGUGAGGCUGAGAGGCCGCGCUGCUGA